AUGGGAUGCAAGAAGCUUUUUAAAAUGGAUUUCAAAUCUUCGUUAACCCUGCACUGCAUGCUGGUGAUGAUAACCAUUAUUGAUGGCUACAAUGGGACUAACAUACCUGUCACCGGUGUCAGAGGCAGCUCGGUCACCUUUCCUUGGCGAAGUCAAGGCCUGAAUGAUCUCUCAAAAAUAAUUGGGCCCAAUGUUUACUGUUUGAAGACUGAACCCAAUGAUACCCUGUCUGCAGAGGAAUGUGGCAGGAAGGUGUAUAUCUGGGAAGGAUCGCUAGAGCUGGUGAAUGUGACAGAGGAAGAUGAGGGGCUGUAUACAUUUGAUUUUGGAAAAAGAAAUGAAACGUUCCUACUGGAAGUGUUUGAUCCAGCCCAAAUCCCAACUGUUUCUAUCCACUGCCAUCCUGAUGGUACAACAGAGUUAGUCUGUAAAGGGGAUAGCCAUUCCAGUGAAGAAUUUAAGUGGACGUUGGACACAGUUCAGCCUCCAACUGAGACUUGCAUUAAGGAUGGUGGCAAGAGGGUUGUUUUGGAACAGCAUGUGAACGGAAAAAUUAUCUGUCAGAUUCUCAAGGGAAACAAAUCCAGGGAGAGUUCACCCAUAGAACUGAUGUGUGACAGAGGAGACCUACUGAAGCACCCGUGGUUCUUUUACAUUGUGGCAGGAAGUGGAGGGGCAGCUAUUCUCCUGGCCAUUAUUGUGUCUGCAAUAACAUGCUGCUGCAUGAAAAGCAACUACAAAUUCAUCCCCGUGCCUUCAGAGGAAGAAAAGGAAGAGGGAAUACCACUCUCAGGCACAGCCAAGGAAGCAGCAAAGUACCCCCCAAAUCAUGAGGCUCCAUCUGCCAAAGCUGAUAGCCCUCUACAUCCUGAAGGUACAGGGGCCUGCCAAAGCCUUGAGUCAGAUCCCACGAUGGAAGGCAAGUCCAAGGCAGAGGCAAAGUCUGAACUGGAUGCAGAGGUUGCCGUCGACAUUGAAAACCAGGAAAUGGAGUCAGAUUCAUUCCCCAGUCCUGUUGACCCCUGAUCAGACACACUCAGUGCCCUGCCUUUUGCAUUCCUUAGUCACAUUCCACAUCAGAAUUGGUCUGAAAAAUAAUCCCUGAAUUAGAGGGGCCAUGUCCAUGAGAUGACCUCAUUUAAACUUUCCUUGUGGCUAAAGCACAUUGCUCUCAUUAGCAAUGGGGCAAACAAGUCCAGGCAUAUAUAAGACUUUCCAAGCUCCCUGAGCCUUUG